GACCACCUCUCCUCGCUCACCUAUCGCGGUGGAGGGGGUGAUCAGGAGUUGGGAUUUGGGGUUGGUUUGAUCAAUAAUAAUAAAAAAAAUAGAAUCGGGAUCUCCGGGCUGAGAGGUGAUCGGGUCUCCGCGCGUUGCUGACCAGUACCAUGGAGCCGCUCGUGUCCGUGGGGGUUUUGCUGGUCCUGUUCCUGCUGUGGAUCAGAGUCAAAGGUCUCGAUUACGUGAUCGUGCACCAGAGGUGGAUCUUCGUGUGCCUGUUCCUGCUGCCCCUCUCCGUGGUGUUCGACGUGUACUACUACGUGAGGGCGCGGAUCAUCUUUAAGAUGUGCUCGGCGCCCAAACUGCACGACCAGCGCGUGCGCGACAUCCAGAGACAGGUGCGCGAGUGGAGCAAAGAGGGGGGGAAGACCCACAUGUGCACGGGUCGGCCCGGCUGGCUCACCGUGUCCCUCCGGGUGGGGAAAUACAAGAAAACGCACAAGAACAUCAUGAUCAACAUGAUGGACAUCCUGGAGGUGGACACGCACAGGCAGGUGGUGAGGGUGGAACCUCUGGCCAACAUGGGCCAGGUGACCGCCAUCCUCAACUCCAUCGGCUGGACGCUGCCGGUGCUGCCGGAGCUGGACGACCUGACAGUGGGCGGGCUGGUGAUGGGCACGGGGAUCGAGUCGUCCUCCCAUAUCUACGGGCUGUUCCAGCACAUCUGCGUGGCCUACGAGCUGGUGCUGGCCGACGGCAGCCUGGUGCGCUGUACCCAGGAGGAGAACUCGGACCUGUUCCACGCCGUCCCCUGGUCCUGCGGGACUCUGGGUUUCCUGGUGGCGGCGGAGAUCAAGAUCGUGCCGGCCAAAGCGUGGGUGAAGCUGCGCUACCGGCCGGUCCGGGGCCUGGACAACAUCUGCAAGGCCUUCGCCGAGGCGUCGGCGGACAAAGGGAACACCUUCGUGGAGGGCAUCCAGUACGGCCUGGACAGAGCAGUCAUCAUGACGGGAACCAUGGCUGACCACGCGGAGCCGGACAAGAUCAACAGAAUCGGCCUGCACUUCAAACCCUGGUUCUUUAAACACGUGGAGGGAUACCUGACGGGAGACUGCUCUGGGGUUGAAUACAUCCCUUUGAGGCAGUACUAUCACAGACACACACGCAGCAUCUUCUGGGAGCUCCAGGAUAUCAUUCCAUUCGGGAACAACCCUGUUUUCCGUUGGCUUUUUGGGUGGAUGGUACCUCCAAAGAUUUCCCUGCUGAAGCUCACGCAGGGAGAAACCAUCAGGCGUCUUUACGAACAGAAUCACGUGGUGCAGGACAUGCUGGUGCCCAUGAAGCAUCUGCAGGCCGCCAUCACACGCUUCCACCAGGACAUCAAUGUCUAUCCUCUGUGGCUGUGUCCAUUCCUGUUACCACCGGGAAGAGGGAUGGUUCACCCCAAAGGUCAACAGGAAGAGCUUUUUGUGGAUAUUGGCGCUUACGGGGAGCCCAAAGUCAAACAUUUUGAAGCUCGAUCGUCAACGCGUCAGCUGGAGAAGUUUGUUAGAGAUGUGCAUGGCUUCCAGAUGCUGUAUGCAGAUGUGUACAUGGAUCGAGAGGAGUUUUGGGAGAUGUUUGAUGGACAGCUCUACCACAAACUGAGAGAUGAGUUAGGCUCCCUGCAGAGAGUGAGCUCCCGGGUUGAAGGCGGACUGUCAGGCGGCCAAAAGUUUACGGUUCGGAGCCGGAGUCCCAACCAACGCAGACGGUGCUGUUUUGCCAACUGCAGUGGAGCCCAGGACAAAGCCGGAGGAGAAACCAUGACCACUGACCAGGAGCCCACGCUGACGGUGAAGCUGCUGCAGCUCCUGCUGCUGUCAACCUACUGGGGAAUGCAGAUCUGGGUCACCUUCAUUUCAAGCUUUGUGAUGGACAACCACCUGAACAGACACACAUAUGGGUUUAUUCAGAGUCGCCUGGUGCCGUUCUACCUCCACCUGGGUUCAGCUUGUGCCUUCUUUAACCUCACCAUCUAUGCUGUGUACCAUCCCAGGGACAUGCUAGACGACAGAGAGGCCUUUCAGAUCUUCAUCUUCUUCGUGUCGGUGACGGUCGCGGCCGUCAACGCGCAGUGGUUCGGCCAGAUGACGUCGGAGAUCAUGGCGGACAUGCAUCUGAUCGAGCAGGCCUGUGGGUUGGGACAGGACAUCGGCCUGUCGUCGAAUCGCGAGGCUUAUGCCAAGCUGUGCGAGACCGACGUCAAGUACCGACACCUGAGCAGCCGCCUGUGGCUGUACAGACUCAUGUCCUCCCUGUGUAACCUCUGCUGCAUCGGCUGCAACUUCUACAGCCUCUGCUACAUGGCCGAGAACCUGGUUACUCUGUAACAUCCCCACACCACAGCUGGACUGUGUAACUCGCCCCAAACCCCAGAUACAGACCCCCCCCUUUUAUUUUCGGUGAAGCUGACAUAGAAGUCUUUGUUUUAUUUGUAUUUUUUUUUUUAUAUACGUGUUCCUCUAAUAGGAGGUAAAAUGUCUGUGAGAGUAAUGAUAGGACACAGCCUCAUUCACAAGCAGCCCUUAUUGCAGAGAUGAAUCAGUGACCUUUCACCUAGAUGACCGUGUGGUGGCUGCCUUGAAAUUUCCAGUUAUAUUUUUACCUUUGCCAUCAUGAAACGGUACCUCGCAGUUACCUUAGAACAGGUGAUUCGUUUAUAAAGUUUUUAUUUAACGUGCCAAAGGGCACGCUGUGAGAAGAGGCUUGAUGCGUUGAACACUUUCCCCAGCCGUUCCCUCCCGCUCUCCCUCAGUGGGUGGAGUGUCAAUACAUCGUUCACAUAGUGGUGCCACAGGUUUGUCCGGCUCGCUCUGUCACCGUGAGAGCAGGACCUGUGUGCGCUUUGCGUUUGGGUGUGAGGAGCUGUACUAUCUUUAGCCCCCCGUUCUGCCACCGCUGUGAGAAAGGGGGGUCCGUGUGUCCUUUUAGGUCACCCAAAAUAGAUGAGCGCCAUCCCAGGAGUAGGAUCCACUGGGGAUGGCCGGUGAAAGAGGGGUGAGGCAGAGCAGGAGCAGGUCGGGCUGGUUGGCAGAAGUGGCUCGGCUGGUUGAUUCCAGCUGCCUCAUGUUUGACGUGUUGCUGUAACUAAAGCAGAUUGGAGGUGAACCUUGGAGAGAACAGCUCUUGGCCAGUGCUCAUAAGGUUCAUCUCUGUGGCCUGGCUGGGAGCACACGGCAAAGGCUGUGGGAUGUGGUCAGCUCAGGGUGUGGGACGCGUUGUUUAUGGCUUUUUCAACAGGUGAAAAGCACCUCAAGCGAAGGUGGAACCUCUUGCAAACUUGAAGGUUGUUUUUUUUGUUGUUGUCAUUGGCAUUCUUUUCUUCCGUCCUUUUUUUUUUUCUUUUUUAAAUGUGCAACAUUACAAUGCAGAUCAGACAGGACAGUUGGAAACCCGACUGCACCGGCUUAGGCAGCACAGCCUCCUCCCUGUUGCUCUGUGAUCUUAAGCAGGAGCUUUAACAUCUCUUACUACCACUCACACAAAGUUAGGGGUAAUUGGCUUUCGGUAGAAACUUCAGGAUGAACCUAAAAUGCACUAUAACCUUUGGAGGUCAACUUCCAAGUGACCUUUAAGCCUUUAACUGCACACGUCCAAACUGUUAAACGUCUCAGGACUUUUUGCACGACUUGCUGUCCUCUAACGAGGAGCCAAGUAUGCCAAAGCUUUUGUGAGUGGUGGGAUUUGUUCAUGGCAGUACAAACUGAAGGGACAAUGACGCAGGGGUUGAAAAACGCAUUCACAGGGCUUCAGGGGACGGUCCAUUUGCUGACCUGAAUGAGGUCUGACCACUUUACUGAGCAACCUCCGACUGUUUUUACCUUCCAGUGUGCCUCUGAGGGACAUCACGUUUUCUAUGUACCAGUGAACCCUUUUAAAGACUAGUGGUGUUUAUCUUGGAAAUCUGUAGUAUGCUUUGAUUGUUUUUAUUUAACACUUGUUAUAGCUGCACAUCAUGGGUCUUUGGUUGGACUGUAAUCUGUAAUAUGCAGGCGUUACCUGAAGCCAAAAGACUUGUAAGCCGUACUCUGGUCCUCAGCCACGGCCGGCUCUGUCCACACCUCCUGUGACCGGUGUGUCGUCUUCUCUUCUGGCUUCCCUGAUAAGACGUCUGUGUGAACCAUGGGUUUUUAUAAAAAAAUAAAAAAACAAGCUAUACACAGCAAAGGCACAUCACAUUCUGAAAAUAAGCUUUCUCUAUUCUGACGUGACGAGCGAGGCUGAAUUUACGUGGCAGCAGCUGGCAAAAAACAAUGCAACUUUUUUAGGGGGGGGGGGUUCUAAACUGUGCACUUGGUGUGAUGCUGCCUGCAAGCUCAGAGAGUUUACAGUGCAUGGAUGUGCAUGUAUGCACAGUAAACAUUUGACACUUUGUGGGCAACUCCUCAAGCCAGGUUUAGAAUGGGUUCAGAUCAAAUGUUUUUGUGACUUGACACCAAAUGUACAUAAAGAACAAAGGGGGAUCCUGUGAGCUUGUAUCAAAUAUUGUUUUCACUGGUGCGAUCUAAAUUUUGUAUUAAAAAUUUUGUAUUAAUUUGACAUGUCACCUUUUCCAAAACACUUUAUACACAGGAUUGAAAGAAGUCGUCUAAUGUGAUUGCCUGUUC